UAACCAUCAGCUAUUGAUAGACAAGUACAAAUUGAACAACAUUCAUCUUGAUCAUGAGCCUAGCUGAUGCUUCUGUUACCGAUGAACCAGAGGUUCAGAGCGAAGAAGAGAAGCUGAAGCACCUGGACUUUGUCGAAGAUGCAGUACAGCAAGUAGUUGGUAUUGCAUCAAAAGUAUACGAUUAUGUAAAGGAUAAAGUUGGUACUCUACCUGGCGUUGAGACGAUAGAGACUACUGUCAAGAGUGUUGUUGGCCCUGCUAUUGAUAAGUUCCAAGAUGUCCCUGGUGAGGUCCUCAAGUUUGUUGAUCGUAAGGUUGACGAGGUACUUCCUUCUGCUGUGAAGGACGCAACAACUACAGCCAAAAGCUUCUCAACUGAGGUGGUCUCCGACGUCAAGAAUAAUGGUUUGGUGGAAACCGCCAAAGAACUGUUGGUAAAAGUCGAGCCAGUUGCUGAGGAAUAUGCUUCUUCAGCUUGGGAAACUCUUAGUCGCAUCCCCCUUGUCACUAAAGUCAUUAACGCUUUUGCACCAGCAGCCGCUUUCGUUGCUGAAAAGUACAACGAGACUGUGCAGCAAACAGCAGAAGAAGGGUACAAGGUUUCUUCAUUCCUACCAUUGGUGCCCACCGAGAAGAUUGCAAAGGUAUUCACCAUCCCUGAAGCUGAACCAGCGGAGGUUGCUGGAGGAGAAGAAGCUGCGGAUGUUGCUGGAGGAGAAGAAGCUGCGGAGCCAGAGGUUCCUGGGGAAGAGGCAGAAAUUGUGGCGGAAGAAUGAUUGGCAUCGAUGUGUAUGGUGACGUGGUUUUAUGUAUGAUAUUGUAAGGUACGUGAUAAUAUAUUAUGUUGGUUUAUGGAACCGUGUAUUUCUUUUGUGAAGUGUGUAAAUGAAGUCGUCAUGUCGCUAGUUUCGGGCUUUCGAAAGGAAAUAUGUAUGUUCAUUGUCCCAUUUACAAUCAACAAAAUUGUACUUAAGAGUUAAGGUGUGAUUAUGUAUACGAAAAUCGUUUAUGUUCAUAAGUGUUGGAUUCUUCGCCGAAAAAUGUAAUAUCAAGUUUCUUUUCUUUAAUCCCUUUUUAUUGUAG